GGCUGUCAGCUGGGCGUGCGGGAGGCGGUCACGGCUGGUUUUUGUGUCCUUAUUACUUUAUUGGUGGCCUGGUGACGAAGCGAGGAGCAGGGCGUACAAUAGAGAUCUUCAGGACACCAGCAGUUACACCAGACCCACAGAAGAAGGUAAAACGGAGGUGAUAUAAGAGUUUGAAAAGUCGGUCUGGGUUCCGCUUUCCCGUCUGCCUACAGCCAUGGCCUCCCUGCGCAAUGCCCACAAGACGCAGCGCACCCACCGAGAGCGCCACCAACCCCUCGGCCGCAGCCACCUCGGGCCCCUUGAGAAGAAGAAAGACUACCGCGUCAGGGCAAAAGACCAAAAUGAGAAGAAAAAGGCUCUGUCAACGCUGCGGAAAAGAGCGCUCAACAAAAACCCGGACGAGUUCCACUUCCACAUGAUCAACAGCGGCCUCAAGAAUGGCAUCCACUAUGAGAAUGUGAAGGAUGAGGAGCUGGUGGUGGGGGACGUGAUGCAGGACUUGGUUUAUGUGACCCACCGGCGGAAUGUGGAGCGGAAGAAGAUCGAGAAGCUUAAGGCGCAGCUUCACCUUCUCGACAAUGUGGAGGAGAAGCCCAAGAACUCCCACAUCCUCUUUGUUGAUGAUGAAAAGGAAGCCAAGAAAGCCUCACCCGCCAAGCUGCUUGACACUCACCCAGCACUACUCGGGCGUACCUUCAACCGCCUCCGCUCCUCCCAGCUGGCAUCCCUCCCUGACCAGCUGACCGACGCCACUGCCCUCGAGAAUAUGUCCAAGGGCAAGAAGAAGGCGUACAAGGAGCUGGCGCAGAGGAUAGAACGUGAGGACAAGCUACGCAUCAUGCAGGAGAAGCUAGAAGUGCGGAAGAAGCUAAUGGAGAACAAGGGCAAGAACAAGGAGAAGCCUCAACUUGUACAGCCUGGCACCAGCACCUCCGCACCUGUCUAUAAGUGGCCGCAAGUGAGGAAGAAAUAGCGACUAAAACAUUCUCCUUACCUACCUGUUGACCAUUCACCUUGUUAGUAGCUAAUACCUGUGUAAGUGUUUGUAUAAUAAUCAGACAAUACAUUAUUAUAAUUUUAA